ACCAACCCUGAAGAGGACGGCCCGAUACAUCAGCGAGCAGCAGUCGCGCGCUGGGAAAAUAAUUUUAACUUGUUACGCGCAUUCAGGCAUCUGAUACCAUUUUGCACCUCUUGCUUGAGAAGACGUGCGCGGUUUGAGUCGAGAUGGAGAACCGGCCAAAUCAAACCAUUUACAUCAACAACCUGAAUGAGAAGGUGAAGAAAACAGAUCUGAAGAAGUCUCUGUAUGCAAUCUUCUCACAGUUUGGCCAAAUCCUGGAGAUAGUUGCAUUAAAAAACCUGAAAAUGAGGGGCCAGGCUUUUGUGGUCUUCAAAGACAUAUCGAGUGCGACAAAUGCCCUCAGAUCCAUGCAAGGUUUCCCGUUCUAUGAAAAACCUAUGCGGAUCCAGUACUGCAAGUCUGAGUCGGACGCCGUAGCCAAGCUCAAGGGCACCUACGUGGAGCGGCCUAAGCGCAAGGAGCCGCUGAACAAGAAGGUCAAGAAGCGCGCCGCGGCUGCGCCACCGGCCGCCGCGCCAGCGCCGGUGGCGCGCGCCGCGCCGCGGCCCGUGCCCGUGGCGCCCGCAGUGCCGCUGGUGCAGCCGCCGGUGGUAGUACCAGAGCAGCCGCCCAACCAGAUCCUCUUCCUCACCAGCCUGCCCGAGGAGACCAACGAGAUGAUGCUGCAGAUGCUCUUCAACCAGUUCCCGGGCUUCAAGGAGGUGCGUCUGGUGCCGGGUCGGCACGACAUCGCCUUCGUCGAGUUCGAGAACGAGAUCCAGUCGACGGCCGCGAAGAACGCGCUGCAGGGCUUCAAGAUCACGCACUCGCACGCGAUGAAGAUCGCCUUCGCCAAGAAGUGAGGCGCGUCAGGGGCCGUCUCCGCCAGCGCCUCCGCGCACCCGUGCGGCCACCCAAGUGGAGAGGCCGCCGGCGGACUCAUCAUCGUCAUCCAGGCUCAGCUCCCCGUCAUCGCGCGCUCCGUCAGUGCCGGCGGCGGCUCAUGGUCGCGAACUACCUGUCGGCAUGUGCUGGUGGGCGAGAGCAUCGGGUGUGGUCGGGUCGCCAGUUACAGCGAUCGUGGGCAUCAGGGCAGUGUGCACGGACAGUGUCCGGUGUAUGGCCACCAGCAUUCAGCCGGGAGCGAACGCGAGAAAUACAUGUCCGUGAUUGUGA